CCCUUCUCCCAAGGGUCACUUUAUAUAGGGACCAAACAGUCCCUACUCCCUGUCUUCUGAGUGAGUACUAGGCAAGUUUAGAGAUGUGUGGAAGUUUCCAUUUCAUCUUUAACUUUUUUUUUUCAAAUUUAUUAUGUAUACAGUAUUCUGUCUGCAUGUAUGCUUGCAGAAGAGGGCAUCAGAUCUCAUUACAGAUGGUUGUGAGCCACCAUGUGGUUGCUGGGGAUUGAACUCAGGACCUCUGGAAGAGCAGCCUGUGCUCCUAACUGCUGAGCUAUCUCUCCAGCCCUUCAUCUUUAAUUAAUUGAAGUGUGAAAAGUGCAGAGUUAGAGCCUAUUGGCUGUGUGUGGCAUUUGAUACUCCUGCCCUCUUAACCAGCCAACACAGGACGCCACAGAGAAGUGAGACCCAGUGCUGUGCCUGGUACUGUAGCUAGUUGUGACCUCCCUCCAGUCCUGAUGGGAGUCACUAUUUCUUGCCCACCCUUAGUAUGCUUCGCUUUCUGUUGAAAUGUAGAAUUUUCUAUGGAUGCUGCUUGUUACAUAAGUGAUGUUAAGAUUAUGCUGGCAGUGGGACUUGACAGGGAGUGUGUCCUUAUGGAAUGAGGUAGUCCCAGGUUCCCCUGCCUUAAAAACUGUCCUGGAGUGCCAGGCAGUGGUGGCCCAUGCCUUUAAUCCCAGCACUAGGGAGGCAGAGGCAGGUGGAGUUUGAGGCCAGCCUGAUCUGCAGAGUGAGUUCUAGGACAGCCACGACUACACAGAGAAACCUUGUCUAAGGAAAAGAAUACCCUAGAGCAACCAGGCCUCCCAGGUAGUGAGAUGCUUGCUGUCUGCUUAUUACCUGUAACACUUGGAGUCAGUGGAGUGAAUUCUAGGAAAUUCUUAGUUUAAAGGUACCAAUACAGUGAGUUUAUUUGUUUUUGUUUCCUGGAACUUGCUAGGUAGAUGAGACUGGCUUUGAACUUGGACAUCUGCCUGCUGUUGUGCCCUCUUCCUCCUCCCCCAGCAUGACUACUUUUUAGUAUUUCAGGAGUAUACCCACUGAAGAAAAUGAUACCACUUCCCUGUUGUUUUUUAAAGACUACAUUAGAUACUUUACUGUUGCUGUAAAACACCAUGACCAAGGCAGCAACUUACAGAAGAGUUUAUUUGUGCUUAAGGUGCUAGAGGGAUAAAGAACCAUCAUUGUGAGGUGAUGGUGGCACACACCUUUAAUCCCAGCAUUGGGGAGUGGGAGCACAGGAGGUAAAGGCAGGAGGCUCUCUGCUGUGAGUGAGUUGAGUUCCAGAAUAGCCAGGGUUACACAGGAGCUGAUGCAGAGGCUGUGGAGGAGAGCUGGUUGCUGGCUUUUCUCUUUUUUCCCCCUCUGCCUAUUUUCUUAUAGGACCUAGGACCAACAGUCCACCGGUGGCCCCACUCACAAUGGACUGGACCCUCCAUCAAUCACUAAGAAAUGUCCUAAGGCUGAACUGCAGCCUGAUUUUAUAGACAUUUUCUCAAUUGAGGUUCCCUCAUCUCAGAUGAGUAUAGCUUGUAUCAAGUUAACAUGAAACUAGCCAGUACUUCAUGUAUUAAAACUUUUAGGUAGUUAGGCAUUGUGACAAAUAUCUUUAAUGUCAGCACUCAGUGGCAGGCAGAUCUUGGAGUUCAAGACUAGUCUGGGGGCUGGAGAGAGCAGUGGUUAAGAGCACUGGCUGCUCUCCUGGAGGUCCUAGGAGUCAGGAAUUGAAUCCACAUGGAGGCUCACAACCUGUAUCCUAUGGAAUCCAGUGCCCUCUUCUGGUGUGCAGAUGUACCUGCAGACACAACCCGUAUAAACAUAGGAGAUCCCUGCACCUGACCCUACUCCCAAAAAGUGAGAAAAAUGCUUUUGUAUGCAUGUAUAUGCUGAGCUUUGCUCUAGGGCACAAAUUCUGUUGGCCAGAGUCUGUUGACCCGGUCGGUGCUUAAUAGAAAGUAAGUGGCACCCAGCCAUCUGAUAUAAGAGAAACCUCAGCUCAGCCAGCUUUUGUCAGUAUGCAUACUGGCUAUAAAUUAACUUGCCACAUAUUUAAUCUACAAGAAGGAAAACUGAGAAAACAGCACAAAGAAUGGAUGGAAAGCUCUCUUCUGAUAAGUACUUUUCUAGAACCCAUUAACUGGAUCUGGCAAGCCACUUUCUUGAGGUGAAAAGCAAAAUCUGUCUGUGAUCCAAGAUGGGAGGCACAGCAACUGUAUUGCUAAACAUAUAUGAUGGCUCUGAAACCGGUCCUAACUGUGGUUUGUGGGGUUAAUGAUUAGCCAGAAGCUGUCUAACCUUUCCACAGGGCUGUGAGCAGCGCACCUGCAGAAGAAUCCACAGAAAGCAGCAUGUUCACUUUGUUCCUUGUGGCUGGGUUGGUGGUUCCGAGCCUAGUGACUUCUGCUAGGAGCCAGGAGCCAGAUCCCCCAAUUGGCUCUGAGGACCAGCCACUCUUCCGUGGAGCUGAUCAGCAUGACUUUGCCAUCGUGAUCCAUCCAGGAGACACAGAAUGUUUCUGGCAAUUUGCUGACAAGAUGGGUUACUUCUACUUCAGCUAUGAGGUUCAGCUCACUUUUGGAAUGUCACAUGAUGGACACAUUGCUGCCACCAUACAUACUCCACAGGGUUUCCUUAUUGACACGUCCCAGGAUGUUCGGGGCCAGAUUAACUUCGCUACACAAGAGACAGGUUUUUAUCAGCUUUGUCUAAAAAAUGAGCAGAAUCGCUUCAGUUCUGUACAAGUGUAUCUCAACUUUGGAGUCUUCUAUGAGGGGCCUGAAAUGGAUCACAAAGAGAAUCAAAGGAAACAGCUGAAUGAUACUCUGGAUGCCAUUGAGGACAGCACACGAAAGGUUCAGAACAAUGUUUUUCACAUGUGGCGCUACUACAACUUUGCCAGGAUGAGGAAAGUGGCUGAUUUUUUCCUUCUUCAGUCCAACUACACCUAUGUGAACUGGUGGUCUGCAGCUCAGAGCCUUGCUAUUGUUCUUUCUGGGGUCCUUCAGCUGUAUUUCUUAAAACGUCUUUUCACCGUCUCUACUGACACAAGGCCAAGAUGCUAAUAUAUAGCUUUAAUAAACCAGUUUUUUUUUUUUGGAGGGGGGAGUCAAAUCAAUUUGUGUUCAUCAGUAAAUGGAAAUGGCAAUAAUAAAAAUUGAGUUCUGAUGCUGAUUAUCCUAAAA